AGGUCUACGGCGGGUUCUGUGCAUGAGUGGCCGCCCCUGGAAGCACAUGACGUAACAUUAGCCUUCGGUAGUGGAGAUGACGGCUUCGGUCACGUUCCCACAGGUUCCACUAUUCUAGGCGACCCUGACAAUGAGACCGUUGAUGCAACGAAAUCAUCCGAGGUCUCUGAAGCCUCAACGAAAACAGGUGAAGAUAUUACGAACGAAGAGAAAAACACGGAAAAUCUCUUUUCCCAUGUGACCGAAACUUAUGUAAAGAUCGUAAAUCAUGAAAAAGAUAACGCGAGUAUACUGCACUUCCCGGAGGAAAAGCUUGAAUUUAGUGUACUCAGAGGCGGCAAAGAAAUGCAGGAGAUUCCGGAAUAUGAGAUCGCCAUUACAGAAGACAGAAACACGACCUUCCAUAGCCAAGGAGGAGGUGACACUGGACUGGAGGCCGACAGUGGAAAAAGAUAUUUUAUCCCGAACUUCAAAACCGACAAAGGUAGGACAGUAGAUCAAGCAAACACAACAGUAAAUAAAAACAAAAGAAAGAAAAAGAAAGAUAGGAGAAGAAAAAAGAACAGGAAAAAAAAGCUGAAAUCGGAAAAACAGCUUGUUAAGCAGGGAAAUCGUCGGGAAAGCGGAUCGCCAACUUCACAUAAUAUCAACAUAGCGCCAGGUCACCUGACGGCUCGCCCAGCGAUGAUGAUAACUAGCCGCGAGAAACUGGUUAUCGCCGAGCGCCUCGUUCAGCCAGAGAAGCUGAGGAGUUAUCAUGACAUCGUCGACUACGACUACCGCCCACGAAAGCCCAUCCUGCUAUGCUCUGGUGUGGGCGUGGGUGCCGGCUCCUCCGCAGUGUGGGUUCUGGUGGGCGUGUUGUACGGGUUCGCGGGCGUGGUGCAGGUGGUUGCAGGCGUGGCGUCCUUGGCACUACAAGCCGCCCGCACUCACGCCCGCAAGUACACUCUCGCUAUCUGGAUUGGCAAUAUCCAGGUGGCUGUAGUAAUGUCACAGGGAGUGGCGCUGGUGUUGUUCCCACUGGGGCUGGGCUCCCCUCUGGCCCGUGGGGAGUGUGGGGGAUCAUCGUCCGUCUACUGGUCAGGGGACUGCAGCUUCGGGUGGUCGUAUAUGCUAGGAGUCGUGGCUACCACCCUCGCUGCCUACUGCCCAUGUCUGGCUCGACUUACUAUUUUUAGGAGGUACUCCCUUAGGGAGUGGGAGAGCAUCAAUUUCUUCUGAGGGCGGCUAGAUUAUGUGUGUCUUUUGAGGGUAAUUUAAGGGAGAACUGUAGUCUCUAAAGCGGUUUAGAAUUGCCUUGUGAAGUCCUGGAAAUGUAUUGCAUCAUCUUUCAUAUGACUUGAGUUAGUCUGAAACUGUUUAGGGUUCUUGGAGAGUGUGCUUGGCUCUGGGAUGACCCUCAUUCAUCUUCUUACGGCUCCUUGCUGACCCUCCAUAUAUUCUCCUCCUCUUCCUUGAUCCCCUCGUUCUUAAGGAAGACGCCCUGACGGGUUGCAGCCGCUUUGGUAAUACUCGCUCUUCAUUGUGUUUUUUCAGAAUUAAUGAGA